AUGUCCAUUAUCUAUGUUCCUUAUCUAUCUGUCUGUCUAUCUAUCUAUGUUCCUUAUCUAUCUGUCUGUCUAUCUAUCUAUGUUCCUUAUCUAUCUGUCUGUUUAUCUAUCUGUUCCUUAUCUAUCUGUCUAUCUGUCUAUGUUCCUUAUCAGUCUGUCUAUCUAUCUAUGUUCCUUAUCUAUCUGUCUGUCUGUCAAUCUAUCUAUGUUCCUUAUUUAUCUGUCUGUCUGUCUAUCUAUCUAUGUUCCUUAUCUAUCUGUCUGUCUAUCUAUCUGUCUAUGUUCCUUAUCUAUCUGUCUAUCUAUCUAUGUUCCUUAUCUAUCUGUGUAUCUGUCUAUGUUCCUUAUCUAUCUGUCCAUCUAUCUAUGUUCCUUAUCUAUCUGUGUAUCUGUCUAUGUUCCUUAUCUGUCUGUCUAUCUAUCUAUGUUCCUUAUCUAUCUAUCUAUCUAUCUAUGUUCAUUAUCUAUUUAUGUUCAUUAUCUAUGUUCAUUAUCUAUUUAUCUAUGUUCAUUAUCUACGUUCCUUAUCUAUUUAUCUGUGUUCAUUAUCUAUCUAUCUAUCUAUCUAAAUAUUCCUUCCUUUCCUAA